AUGCAGGUUGGGCUUGGCAUGGCUUGUGCCAGGAUUGCCCGGUCACUGCCCAUGAAACAAACAUCCAAGAUCAUAGAGAUCUUAGAGGGUGGAACACUAUUCUCGGACUUGCUCAGCGAGUCCUUCCGACACCAGCUCGAACAAUACAAGAUUCUCUCGUGCUAUGAGGGACUUGGUGAUGUUGUACCCUUCGACUCCGCUGUUCUGGGCCUCCCCGGUCAACGCGAGACGCAGCUCCGGAUUAACGCAGAUCACAGCAACAUGUGCCGCUUCGACAUGACCGUCCAGGCAGAUAGAGAUAACUAUCGGAAGGUGGAACGGAACCUGCAAAUGCUCUGUGCAGAUGCCCUAGUCUCGAAUGCCAGGCAGAUUGCGAGAAUCGCCUCCCAGGGCGGCGUUGAUCUAUCAAGCAUCCUGCUACAGCAACUGGAUCCUGGGGUGAUGAGCCAUGGUAAUCUAUUGCUGAGAAGUACAGGGCCAUGCUUCGCAGACGUCCCAGACCUCGCAUGGCAAGUAUACCAAUUAUGCGAACAGUCACGGGCGGCCGCCUUCGCUGACGCCGCAUCGGAUGUCUCCCGACUGUUUAUCGGCGUCCGCAGCCUUAAGGAUCGACUCGAAACUGACACGUUUUCAACUGACAACACGGAUGAAAUUAUGGAGGUCCUGAACAGGUGCUGCCGGACGCUCCGAUCCUUCCAAUCCGUGAUCGACAUUUACGGGAAUACUUCGCAGAGGGGCCGAGCGCACUGGAACAGCAGCAGCUCCCGGGAGGAAUUCUACGGGAUGGAAACUCUCAAAGCGGACCUCCAAGGUAAUAUUGAAUUAAUCAGCACGUUAGAUCGGGAUCUGGAAAGGCGUUCCAUGAACGACUUAACUCGAAGGCUGGAUGAAGUAAUAGAGAUGCUCAAUGGCGGUGAGGAGAACUUAUCUGCUCUGUCGAGUCAGCUGUCUCAAGCUUCACUCUCCGAUGUGGAAAGUUGGAGUGAUAUAUGUCCAGACUUGGUCAAGGCCGGGCUAUCUCCCAAUAUUGUAUCCGAGCAGAGGGAAUAUAUCCACCAAUGGCUACUGAACGCCGUCAAGGCUGGCCGAAUCAAUGUUGAGUCACUCCCAGACGAGGCCAGUCAAGCAGUUAGCCAUGCCCGACGCAUUGAACAAGAUGGACAUGCAAGCAACGGUGGAGGCGAGAGUAUAAUGACCAUCAAAAAUCGAAAUGGCAGUCCAUCUCUCAGACCUCCUUCAGUCUUGACUCGGCGCCUUUCCAACAACUCCCAAAAGCUCGAAACAGACACUACCACUAGCUCAGCACCGAAAAACAAACGCGCCUUGAAAAGCUGGACCCACUCCCUGACUAGCAAACUUCGGUAUGGAACUUUCAACUCUCACGACGCAAUCGAGAGAGCCGCUGUCACUGGUAAUCUCUCAUCAGUCCAGAAGAUUCUGGCUUCCAGCAAGAAACUUGAUCCGGCCUGGCGCGCCUGGGACGAGAUUCUAUCUAUGGCUUCUGACCGAGGAAACAUUGCAGUGCUGAGCGACCUACUAGCUCUUGGCGUAUUUGCAGGCCGGAAAGACCAGCUGCGCAGUUGCCUCUCUUCUGCCAUUGAAAGGGAAGACAUCCAAAUAAUGACCCUGCUUUUCGACAACGGAGCACCCCUUGAGGCUAAAGCUCUUGCUUUUGCAAUGACUUUCGCUCCGGAAGGGAUCAUUGAGAGGAUGCUGGAUAGAAUGGACGGAGAUGGCGUCCCAGAACAUGAGAGCUAUGCGCAUCUCCUUCUUCAUGCAGCCGCAAAGCGCGGUCACAAGAAUGCAUUCCAGUCACUUGUUGCGCAGUACGGAGGUAUCAACGCUGCUAUCAACGAGACGACCCCAUUCCAUUUAGCCUGCCGUUCCGGAAACGCGGAGAGUAUCCAGCUCGCGCUGGAUCUAGGCGGGAACGUCAGAGUAACUGACGCGCGAGGCGAUAGCCCACUUCACGCGUUGAUUCUGGGGGGCGGUCACCCUGUCUACGAGAUUGGUGCGACAAUUAUGCUGCUUGUGCAAAACGGGGCGCUUCUAGAUGGGGAAUCCGGUGAUGGGCAAACAGCACUCCAUUUAGCGGCUAGAUGCGCACAUAUCAAAGCAAUGGAAGCCCUGAUACAGAUGGGACUGAACCCAAACAUUCAAACCACAGAAGGCAAGGCACCAUUGCAUACUGCCUGCAAUGAUGGGUGGGUGCAGCGUAGCGUUGAGCGUUGGUUACCUGGGUAUCUAAAAAAGGAGUAUAAUUGCACUCGAAUCGACUUCAGGGCUAUCUUCGAUAUGGAGGGCCGUAUGAAAGACCCGAGGGAAAGCAUCUACUAUCCAGAGAAAGUAGAUGAUGCUAUACGUCUUCUCUUACAGUACGGGGCUUCGGUUGAUGUUCGUGCGAUGGAGAACGUCACCCCGCUGCAUCUUGCGUCGCAGAGCGGAAACCCAAGUCGGAUAAAGAUACUUCUUCAACAUGGAGCUGACGCUCAAGCGGUUGAUGAUUGGGGCUGGACACCAUUGCAUUAUGCUAUUAUGAGUGCAUCGCAAGAGGCAGUAAACCUGCUCAUUCCGUAUGGCGCCGAUUUGAAGAAACAAGUCCCGGUGAAGAUGAUGGGGGAGCACCUGGAACAGAGAGACGUAACUGAGCUGCUUCGAGUCGUAAAUCGAGGCGCUUUUGGAGCCCGGCGAAGAAAAUUGCAGCUGAGGAUUAUUUGA